CCCGCAGCGGAGAAAGUCUUUGAGUACCUGGACCGUGAGCCCAGAGUCCGCACUGACGGGACAUUGGUGCCGGAAUCUCUGCAGGGUCACCUGGAGUUCAAGGACGUGACUUUCUCCUACCCAGCGAAACCCGACGUACAGGUUUUACAGGACGUGUCGUUCGAGGUGCGGGCCGGGGAGGUGACGGCCCUGGUGGGACCCUCGGGAGGGGGGAAGACCACCUGCGUCAGCCUCCUGCAACGUUUCUACGAGCCUCAGUCUGGCCGCAUACUGCUGGACGGGCGGCCCAUCCAGGAAUACGACCACAAGUACUACCACAGCAAGGUGGCCCUCGUGGGUCAGGAGCCGACACUCUUUGCCCUAUCGGUGCGGGACAACAUUCGCUACGGGCUGGACCACUGCCCGCAGGCAGACGUAGCCGCUGCUGCCCAGAGCGCCAGCGCACGGAACUUCAUCGAGAGGAUGGACCACGGUUUCGACACAGAUGUGGGUGAGGCCGGUGGGCAGAUCUCAGCGGGACAGAAGCAGCAGAUCGCCAUCGCCCGCGCCCUGGUCCGGCAGCCGCGGAUUCUGGUCCUGGACGAGGCCACCAGCUCAUUGGACGCACACACCGAGCUAUCGAUCCAGCGGGCCUUGGCUCGUGAGCCGGCAGCAGCAGCGUUGGUGAUCGCCCAUCGGCUGACGACAGUGCAGCGGGCGGACAGGAUCGUCGUGUUGGAGGGUGGCCGUGUGGUGGAACGAGGCACUCACCCUCAGCUGAUGGAGCUGGGCGGCUGCUACUCCCGUCUGGUGCUGGGGCAGUUCACCAACGGAGAGCAGGGAGCGGCCGCGGGAGAGAAGGGGUCGGGACGCGGGGAGAGACAGUGA